AUGUCAAGAUCUAGAACGCCUUCGAAGAACCUGGGACGGUCGAGGUCCAGGUCCAGGUCGCAGUCUCUUCCCAGUGUUGAACAGGAGAAGAGAUCACGGACGUCUUCGUUUAUUGCGAAAUACGUCUACUCGCCAAGUAAGCAGGCGUCUGCAUCGCAGGGAAAGGACCAGUUGUUUUCGUUAUAUAGGCUUUUGACUGUAGAAUUGAACUUACCGGAGGAUAAGGCAUCGUCCUCGUCGAUAAAAACGGCAAUUGAGCUGACAAGUAAUGAUAUUAACUACUCUGUAGAACAGAUAUCUAACCUUGUGAAGAUUCCAUUUUACCUUGAGAAGUUCAUGGCUUUCGGAUUGCUAGUGUGCUUGAAUUCCUUCUUGACGCUUUUCACAUUGGUUCCUCUAAAAAUAGUGAUAAUCUUAUACCAGAUAUCCAAGUCGUUUAUCGAUAAAAGGAAUGAGAAUAGAUCCAACAGCGCUAGAAUAUCCACAAGCUUGCGUCUCUUGUCCAUCAAACGAGAGGUGUACACUGUUUGGCUCAUAAUUUUCUCCUUGUGUGUGCUAUCUCUACCAUAUUUCGACAUUUCUCGUCUUUAUCAUGAUGUGCGGGGUCUGGCUCACAUUAAGCUCUAUGUGAUGUUCGGUGUGUUGGAAGUAGCUGAUAAGUUAUUUUCAACUAUAGGUCAAGAUAUCUUGAAUAUACUUUAUUCUGUACCAUUUGACAAUUGGAAUGAUUUACCUCGAAUUGUCACUUUUGGUACCUUAGGGGUAGUAUAUCUUACUUGUCAUGGUUAUAUAUUGAUAUACCAAGCGGUAUCGUUGAACGUUGCGGCGAAUUCAUACUCGAAUGCAUUGCUUGCUCUUUUGUUGUCAAACCAGUUUUCUGAAUUGAAGUCUUCUGUGUUUAAAAAAUUUGAAAGAGAAGGUUUAUUUCAAAUUGCUAUGGCUGACUUGACGGAAAGAUUCCAGCUCUCACUAAUGUUGGGCGUGAUUGCUUUAAGAAAUAUUGCUCAGAUAAAUUCCAUACACUCCGGUAUGAUCCCUAACAGUUGGACCCUGUGGAAUAAGUUCCUUGGCGCCAUUGUGGGACCUAGUAUUGUUGUCAUUGGCAGUGAGAUCCUUGUGGAUUGGCUAAAACAUUGUUACAUCACCAAAUUCAAUAAGGUUAGGCCAAGGAUUUACCAUAACUUCCUCUACGUGCUAAGUUUGGAUUAUUUGGAAGUGUUCCAAUCUAAUUCUUCGUCAGCUUCCGCUAAUUCUACAGCAGGGACAAGUGGAGUUGGAUUGACAGAUUACAUUGUAUUGACCAGAAGAAUUGGAUUGCCACUCUUAGCAACUAUAGUCUGUUUCCUUCGUAUGACCUUACCAGAUUUGAAACUGAUUUUCUUUUACAAUUCGGCGCAGUCAAAGUACGCUGCAAUUUUGAUCAGUCUACCACUUUGUAUAUUGGGCUUUGCAGCUUUGUUAUUGUCAAGAUUGAUUCUUGGAAUGGCCAUACUAAAAUGGGCGAAUAGGAUAAAAGUUAAACAUCUAGAGCAUCAAGAAUUAUUACGAUUAAAAUUGUCUGCAUCAGCUGUUGCAUCAGCUAAAACUAAUGCCAAAGAUACCACGCUAAAUGUGGUACCAAGUGAACGUCUACCUGGUCUACCGACAGAAGAAAUAAAGACACCAGUUACAUCUGAGACCUUUAAUAUACCCACUCAUCGUGAAGAGGAAGCCACGCCACCCAACUCUUUUCCUUUCCCUCAGUUGGCUAAUAAGACUUCGAUCAACAUAGACGUAACACCACCAAGUCAUUCUCCAAUGUCUCCUACCUCUCCUAAGUCACCCAUAGAGUAUAACUUCAUACCAGGGGUUCCUAAUACCGAAUCCUCCACGAUAAAUCCAAAUACCAGAUCAUAUCUUUAUGAUGUGGGGGAACAAAUUCCUCCAACGCCGGAAGAAAGAAGAAACAAUCAGUUCACGAAGGAUGACACUGUUGACAACCAUGAUGAAGGAUUGGGGAAAGUAAUGAGAUACGAAAUGGCAAGUAAACGCAUAUGGUAG